AUGGAAAAUCAUGGAGACGGAGGAGGUGGGGAAGGAGGAGGAGGAGAGACAAAAGACAAACAGCAGAUCACAGAGAAGGGUAAUGAGAGAAACAAGUGGACCAAAGACCACCGCAACAAGGUGGAGAAAGGAGAGAAGGAAUGCACUGAAAAAGAGCGAAAUGGAGAGGUCAAGAAGGAGGGUCGUCGCUCCCUGUGGAGGAGCGGCUGGGCUCUAACUGAACGCCUGGCCAUCAACGUGUCAGGGAUGCGAUAUGAGACCCAGCUCCGCACCCUCGCCCAGUUCCCUGACUCCCUUCUGGGCGACCCCCAGCGACGCCUCCGCUACUACGACCCCCUUCGAAACGAACUCUUCCUGGACAGGAGCCGCGUCUGCUUCGACGCCAUCCUCUACUUCUACCAGUCCGGCGGGAGGCUGCGGAGGCCAGCCAACGUCCCGCUGGACAUGUUUAUGGAGGAGCUUCGCUUCUACGAGCUGGGAGACGAGAUCAUAGACCGCUUCAAGGAAGACGAAGGCUUCACCAAGGAGGAGGAGAGGCCCCUGCCCACCAACGAGCUGCAGCGGCGCCUCUGGAUGCUGUUUGAGCACCCGGAGUCCUCCAGCGGAGCCCGCAUCAUUGCCAUCAUCAGCGUCAUGGUCAUUGUGGUUUCCAUUCUCAUCUUCUGCCUGGAGACUCUGCCUGAAUUCAGGGCUGAGAAGGAACUGAGAGAGCAAUUCACCACCAUACCCCACCCCACCAUCGCGAACGAAACCAUCUCGGUUCCACCUGGCUUCACGUCCUUCCAGGACCCGUUCUUCAUCGUGGAGACGGUGUGUAUCCUUUGGUUCUCCUUUGAACUCAUCAUGCGCUUCCUCUGCGCUCCCAGCAAGAUGACCUUCUUCAAAGACGUGAUGAACACCAUCGACUUUUUUGCCAUCAUUCCUUAUUUCGUCACACUGGGCACCGAGCUCGCCAAGGACAAAGGCGCCCAACCGUCCGUGUCCCUGGCCUUAAUCCGGGUCAUCAGGCUGGUGAGGGUCUUCAGGAUUUUCAAGCUGUCCCGUCACUCCAAAGGGCUCCAGAUCCUGGGCCAGACGCUGAAGGCCAGCCUGCGGGAGCUCGCCCUGCUCAUCUUCUUCCUCUUCAUCGGCGUCAUCAUCUUCUCCAGCGCCGUCUACUUUGCAGAGGUGGACAACCCUGACACGUUGUUCACCAGCAUCCCCGAGGCCUUCUGGUGGGCCGUGGUGUCCAUGACGACAGUGGGCUACGGGGACAUGUACCCGGAGACGGUCGGCGGGAAACUGGUGGGCUCCAUGUGCGCCAUCGCCGGCGUGCUCACCAUCUCGUUGCCGGUGCCCGUCAUUGUCUCGAACUUCAGCUACUUCUACCACCGUGAGAUGGAGUGUGAAGACAGCACGGUGUACAACCACGUCCCGACCUCGCUCUGGGAAAAGGACAAGGACGAGGACGAGGAUGAUGAUGAUGGUGAGGAUGGAGCAGAUGAGGGGCCUGAAGGCAUGGGAGAUUAUUCACCUUUAUAUGGCCGCAACAUCAAGGGUAUAUGCCCUCCCCUCAACAGGACUCUGCUGGCUGGGUUGUGUCCAGGGCAAGUGACUGGCGACCAGACGGGGGUGAACUACUACCUCAGAGAGCCUCUGGUCACUCAGGUUUGA